AUGGAAGAUGGACAUUUGGAAGGUGAGGAAAGCCCUAUGGACAUCAGCCAUCCUGGUGAUGACGAGGACGAGGGCGAUCAUUUUGGUGUCGAGGAGCCGGAUUUCUUUGAGCUGGGAAAGAACACAAGCGGGGAGUUGCUCAUUGACGCACUUGAUAAGAUCCGCCACUUCCCCCAACCGGAUACAGUUUCAUCAAUGAUCCCAGUGUGGCUAUACGUUCCACAAAGACCAGAAGUUCUUCAGCAACUCGUGCAAUUGAAUCAUGAAGAGCACGCAUUCGUCAUGUUGACUAAGGGAUCAUACGACCUCAUCGGAUAUCUAGCUGAUCACUACCAGAUCAGUCCAAUCUAUUGUGACACCGCUUUAAAGCAGGGUCAACCUUGGCUUCAUCAACUUUACCAGAUUGGGUGGCUAAUUCUCGAGGAGGCGGAUACCACUCAGCUUGUUCUUCAUGCUUUAUUCCACAUGACACCAGCUGGUGGUGCUUAUAUCAGUGCGAUCAGCUCCAGUUAUUGUAGACCCAAUUCCCAGGGCGUUCCACUGCCAACGUGGUCGCUCGAAAACUUACGGGCAAGAUCAGUUCAAUUCCACCCUGCACCAUUUCCGUACGGUUAUCCGCCCCCUACAUAUCCAACUGUCACCCCAACAGCACAAUCUACGUACGAGGCCCAGGCCUCCUCCUCAAAUAUUGUCGAGGCAUACCCCUUAGAUACCCCCCUGUCCUCUGAUGCAUUAUCUACCAUUGACCUCCAGUCCAUGUCCAACGCGGACUUGGAUUUUGGCUACCAACACUGGGGGUUGUCUACUACCACCUCUAUCAGCAGCAUCAGCGAGUCAACAUGGCCAGUGUCAAAUGAACUGAUAGAAGCAUCUUACGAGCAGCCAGUCCCCAAUGACUUUCAUCCCGAUCUGCAAUGGAGAGACAAGAACGCUAGCGAGUGGACUACCUUAACCCAGUCACAAAGAACCACCCUUAACCGUGAAAUGAAGCAAUCUCUUUGGCCGCGUAUCGUGCUGCUGACAAGGUGGCUAUUCAUGGGAGCUUUGUGGAUAGGGCAGGAUAGAGACUCACUCAGUGUUUCUCCGCCGGACGUAAGGUGUUUGAUCACCAACAGCUUCCUCAUCGCGCUUGAUAUGGUAAACACCAGCUAUGAGGAAAUGCUCGCACAGCAAGUGAUUAUCAUCGAGGAUGGACAAACCGUCUCUGUAGGAUGGAAAGCAUUCCGUGUGAAUUUAGCUAAGACCCUUGAUAAUGUGAAGGCAGACCUAAGGAAGGUGAUCAAAGGUGCGAUGUCAACGUACACCAAUUUUUGCCAAGUGCACAAUAUGGAAGAAAGAAUCAACUAUUUUGUUUCGCUUUUGAACUCUGACACGCGCUAUCAAGUGCAACGGGCCAUUUCAGAACUUAUAGUGGAGCAACUUUUCAGAGAGCUCCUGUGGGCAUCCCUACUCCGUCCGAUCAGCGGGUUGGGAGAUGAAGGCCGCAAUGGGAGGGUAGCAGAUCUCUUUCCAGAAGAGAUACUUUCAAAGUUCAAGUGCUUGGCGCAACAGCCGGCUGCGUUGAUAAUUCAGAUCUACAGCACCAUGAUUAUGGUCUUGAAGGAAAUAAACCCGAGCAACAUCGACUAUCACACAUCAGACACAAUGCACGUCAUCAUUAUGUCGGCCUUGGAUGAGAUGUAUGCACAGCCCCACCUGUAUCCCAACUUCAGAGGUGCGGUAAUGGCCCUUCCCUUCCUAACGGAGUGUAACGUCCUGCCCAUCGAGCCCAAGUCGCAACGCCCGGGAUUCGUCUCGAAUAGGUCAAGAAGGAGGAGAAUGUUGGAUGUUGUCGAUAUUGACACUCAGUCAAAUACUAAUGAUGCUAGCAUGAAUGUGUUCGGCAAAGUUCCGAAUAAUGGUGGUUUUACCUACGAAAAGUCUCUCAGAUCAGUAUGGGAUGUACCCGAAUCAUACUUCACAAGUGCUUAG